AUGGCGAGGGACCACGGCGACGAGGACAGGAACAGUGAACGCGAGGCUCGCGAAGAGCGAGACGCGAUGGACGACGACCGGGUGCGCCUGAAACGAUCCAUCUCCUUGAUGAACGGUGUCACAAUCAUAGUCGGAUGCAUCAUCGGCAGCGGAAUCUUCGUUUCGCCCAAGGGGGUGCAGGAGCAUGCUGGAAGCGUCGGACUAUCGUUGACUAUUUGGGUGUUCUGCGGUUUCUUCUCAGCCGUCGGCUCGUACUGCUACGCUGAACUUGGAACCUUGAUCAGAUCCAGCGGUGGUGAUUAUGCGUACAUCACGGAGGCUUUCGGACCUUUCAUUGGAUUCAUGCGUUUAUGGAUCGAAGCCAUUGUCGUCAGGCCAUGCUCUGCGACCAUAGUUGCGCUUACUUUCGCGAAGUACAUUUUGCAACCUUUCUACGGAUACUGUGCCAUUCCCGAUCACUGUGAAUCUCUUCUGGGAGCAUGCGCCCUCUUCUCUCUAACACUGGUCAAUUGCCUCAGCGUCCGGCUCGCAGCCAAAGUUCAAGACUUCUUCACUGUCGCCAAAUUGCUUGCGCUGUUCCUCAUCAUUGGCACGGGGUUGUACGAAAUUGCUAUU